AUGCAACACAAACAUGCGAUUACAUUUAUUCUAUUACUUACACUACUGAUUCUUAUUCAAAUAUAUUGUUUUCUUAUCAAUACCACACAAAAUUCAAGUAGUACGUCAAAUAAAUCUAAUAGGGAUCAUGUUCAAUUCAUUGAUGGUGAUUAUAUCAACAUUGGUUUCAGUGAAUUUGAAUUUUUACAAUCGAAGCAACGCGAAAUAGAACUUGAACAAAAGUAUAAUCUAACUGCCAUAUUACUUCAUUGGAAACGAUCAGAAAGUGUUGCAAGAGCCGUAAAUUAUUUACUUGAUUCGAAUCUUUUCAAAGAAAUUAUCAUUUGGAAUAAUAAUCCAAACAUAAAUCUUACUAAAACUAUAUUUAAAAAAAAUAACCAUUCAUUAGAUUCUAUUCGUAUAAUCAAUUCAAAAGAGAAUCUUAAAGAUGAAGCCAAAUAUCGUGCAUGUGCUGAAGCAAACACUAUGGGUUGCUUCUAUGUCGAUGAUGAUUGGGAUGCAUCAUUCUAUUUGAAAAGUCUCAUAGCUGACUUUCGAAAUGAUCCAUAUAUUUUGCAUUCUGUUACCGACGCAGGUACAUUCUAUGCCAAUUUCAUGUGGAGUUAUUUCGAUAAUGAAAUUGAUUUACAUGCUGGUUUUUCAUGGAUUGGUUGUGGGAGUGUUUUCUUACGUGAAUAUGCUCAACGACAUAUUCAAUACUUACAAUUUUAUUUGAAAAAUAAUCGUCAUUUGAUUUACUUUAGUGAUGUAUUUUUUUCUAUUUGGCUCAAUGAUAUUCCAUCACAAUUCAAUAUGAAUAUUCGUAAUCUACCUGCCAGUAAUGCUGGUGCAUCAUUUUCAUCGACUUCAAAAUUCUUGCAAUAUCAAUAUGAAAGUUCAGUUUUAGCUAUUCGUAUUCUAGAACAUAAUCUACGUCAAAAUCAAUCGAAUGAUACAAAUUAUAUAGGAUUUUCACGUAGACAAAAUCGUCGUUUCCCAUAUUACGUUAAAUCAUCUAGUCCUAAAGAUGACUUUAUAUUUUUUACUAAUAUUCUUCCAAUAGAUAUUGAAAGAAUUUCAUUCAAUAUUUCAAAAGAUUUUGAAAGAGGUACACGAAAAAAUUUACCAACAGGAUCCCAAGUUUCUUUUUUCUCAUCUUACACGACCUUAAAAGCAGUCGAUAACAAUCCGAAAACUUGUUGGCGUCCUGGACGAAAUGCAAGUCAAGGAGAAUUUUUUGCUCUGGACUUUUUAUACAUUCGAACAAAUCUGUCUUUUUUACUUACUAUUGGACAUGCGUGGGAAAUACAAAAGAAUGUCGAUAUUAACUUAUCAUUCGAUGGUCUAUGGUGGAUUACUUAUAGAUCAAUUAAAGGAAUUACAAUAAAAAGUCAUAAUUCGAUAUUGAAUGAACAGCAAUAUGUGAUUAUCUUCAAUUCUACUGAAUUUAAUGCUGGUUUUCGCUCUUUUCGAUUUAUUGCUUUUAAUUCAAGUAAAAUUUCUUCUUUGGGUGAAUUUCAGGUAUGCGAUGUCAAAAUUAUAACAAAUACUACUAUUACAACAUUGUAG